UUAAAAUGGGACUGGCUUGUUCUUCCAGCAAUCAUAAGCCACACAAUUCUAAAAUCAACGAAAUCAAAUUGCCUAUUAUGAUUGCAUAGAAUUUCAUUAAUAUCAUAGGAUAAUUAGAAUUAUCCGACGAUAUUCCUGAUGAUCUUCGCUAUAAUUUAAAUCAAUUAAUUAUACUGAGGAGCAAGCUGGCACAUUGUAUCGUUCGUUUGUAGAAACGAUACUCUCAUUAUCACUUGACAGAAUUAGAAAAUGAACUUACAAGAGUAAUUCAUUUUGUUGAUAUUGUGGUACAAGAUGUUUAACUAGAAGUGUAUUUUCCUUUAGUAUAUGCAUUUUUAGUAGAAUAAUUGGAGAUACACAAAUAAAAUUUGAAAUAGUAAAUAUGAUAAAGAGAGUGUGAC